CGCCUGAGCCCAAAACAAGCACGAGACGAGCAGAUUCAAAACAGGCCCUGUGACGGUGUGCACUUCUUCGCCCUUCGCCCCGGUCAACGCCUCACGCAGCCAACAUGACGCUUCACAUGACAUUCCAGGAAAUAUGCACUCGACAGGAGGUUGGUUUUGUGUGUGAUAAUGAGUCCAUGGCGCCCCUGACCAAGCGAGAGUCCUUCAACGACCUGGUCAUCAAGUUGGCGUCCAAGUGCGAGAUGAACAUUGUCUUCCUCGCGGGAGCAAGGAACAAAGUGUCACACUUCACCCUCGAUGUCGUGCCCGAGGACCCCGUCCACGGCACGGCGGUGACAGUGACUAAGAGCAAAGGGCGCAGAGGCAGCGAGUAUCCUAAAGGAUACGAGGCUGUGGCAGCGGCCUGUCAGCAGGUGGUGGCCAAUGGCUACCACGGCCUGCAUGCCAUUGCAAAGCUUGACAAGUCUAAUAUGCCAGACAAUGCAAGCAGAAAGAUGUAUACGUUUGCCCAGUUUGUCAAUUUCCUUGUUCAUGGAAUCGAAGCUUAUUUCAUGUUUGCGAAAGCUAACGAGCAGUUUGUGUUGAAUGCCAUGAAUCUGUGGGAGACACUGGAGGACCUCAUGAUGGAGGGAUGCUACAUUGUGAUGGCUUGGCAGUAUGAGGAAGAUCCCAGGAAAGAGAAUGUCCCAAUGACACUGUUGUCAUCACUCAUCAACAAGAUAAAAGAGCCAGAGCCGUUGCCAGUUGCUGAGCCAGUUCAGCCAGUAGUCGUAAAGGAGAUCAAGAAACAAUUCACCACCACGACUGUAAAGAGCACCAGGGCUGAUGCAGUCAGCCGCAUGAGUGCUCGAACUCUCCUUGGUGAGGGAGGCCUGGUUUGUCAACAUCAACCAGAAGUAAUCACCACUACAAAGAGAGGGAAACGAGGGAGGCGGAGCAUUGCAUCUCGCGUUCAGGAGGCCAGUGAAGCAAGCACUGAUGAAGAAGACACAGAAAUAUCUUUUAAGAUUAAGCCAGAUAUUAGAAAAACACCAGAAAUCCAAUAUCACCCUGACAUCACUGUUAACAGUGCAGGGUCUGUUUUGGAAAAAACCUCACCCAGACCAGUACAAAACCCAUCACCAAAGAGGCCAGUUUCUGAAAGGCAAAAUGUAUCUCCUAAAAAGUCAAAGUCAAUGGAGGUUGAAGAACCUGCAGCACCCACAAGUAAAGAAGACACUAUGCUAGAGGACUUCACCUUUGGUUUUGACAAACCUCAGGUCAAGACCACUGGACGGAAGAGUACGGCACGGAAGAGCAUGGUCCCAGAUUGGCCAGAAGAGCAGAAAGAAGAUAUCCUUUACUUCUUUGAUAAUCUUAACCCAUCACAGACAGAGCAGUCACGUAUUGCUCUGACAUGCAAAUACGUUUCCAUGAAGUAUUCAAGAGAAUUCUCCUCCAAGACAUUGUAUCAGUGGGUUCAGAAGAAGGGCCGUUCAGUCAGUACAGAAGUAACCAAUUAUGAAUUACCAGAAAGCAAACACCAGGAGACAACGCUGACUUUCUUCCGAUCACUGGAUCCCAGUCUCUCAGAAGCUAGUCGUAUUGCCUUUACCUGCAAGUUCAUGCAGACCCAGUAUGGUGUCAGCGUCACCUCGAAGAACCUGUAUGACUGGCUUAAUGAUAAGGGAAAGAAGUCAACCAGGCGACGAUAAUGAGCUUUAGUAUGAGUGAUUGCGGAUACCUUACUUUUAGUUUUAUUUUUAACGAAACGUUUUUGUGUUGCACAGCUUUGGACUUUUUUAUUUCUUCAUUUGCUGCUUCUUUAACAAAUGUUUAUAGCAAUAUAGAUUCUGCUUUUGUGUUUUAAAAUAGUGUGGAUGAUACUUAAUGUAAUUUGAUAUUUUGAGUUCUCAAGUUUUGAAACAUUUUACUACCAUUUUUAAAGAUAAUUCCAUAUAAUUUUUCAGGGAAACUCUUUGUUUUACAGAUUAAAAUUUUGAUAUUUGUAUACUAUAUUCAUAAUACCUGCUUAAUGAUAUGUUGGUACAAAUAUUUAGUAUGCAUAUAUUGGAGAUGACAUGGGUGUUUUCUGUUUAGAAUGACCAAUAUGGUAAUCAAAGUCAGAGAUGAAAUUAGCAGAAUAAGGAUUGGAAAGCACACAUACAAGCUAUUUCUAGGAAUUGGAGUACAUAUGAUUAUGAAAUAGGAAGGUAUUGAAGGUGUCAUGUAAGUUUGUAUGUAAAGGAAGAUAAAUACAGGAACAUAAAACAAAUCAUCUUGAGUUUUUAUAGAUUUCUAGGUAUUGUUAUCAAUAAACUAUUUACAAA